AUGCCAGCGCCUCUGAAAGAUGCAGCCAAAUUUCUGAAGAGCACUCUCCGGCUUCCCUCGUCGACUUUUCCACCGCGUCCAAAGCCCACCGACCUUGCCAGAUAUCUUCCAAGGUGUACCGAUGACCUCUACGCCUGGCAGCGCCGGGAAAGGCCUGCGUCAGACAGCUUCGUACUCCACGAUGGCCCGCCGUAUGCAAAUGGUGAUCUCCAUGUCGGACACGCUCUCAAUAAGAUCGUCAAAGAUAUUGUCUGUCGUUGCAGGCUAGCUGAAGGCCAAAGGGUCGACUAUGUACCUGGCUGGGACUGCCAUGGGCUGCCGAUCGAGCUUAAAGCUCUGGAGAAGCAUGGCUGGGAGCGAGGACAAGGCGUUGAUCCCGUUGCGAUACGGAGCGCUGCGAGGAAGUUCGCAUACAAGACUGUGGAAAAGCAGAUGGCUGGUUUCCGAUCCUGGGCUGUCAUGGGAGACUGGGAUAACCACUGGAAGACCAUGCAGAAAGAUUUCGAGCUGCGGCAGUUGACUGUAUUUCAGGCAAUGGCUCAGUAUGGGUUGAUAUAUCGCAAGAAUAAGCCCGUUUACUGGUCUCCCUCCUCGGGAACUGCUCUCGCAGAGGCCGAGCUGGAGUAUAAAGAUGACCAUGUCUCUACUGCGGCCUUGGUCAAAUUCCCAUUAGACCGGUUUGAGCCAUUCUCGGAUGGUCCUGUUCACGCCUUGAUCUGGACAACUACGCCCUGGACACUUCCCGCAAACCAAGCAAUCGCUGUCAACACAUCUUUGUCAUAUUGUCUCGUCAAGUCAGACGUUCACGGAACGCUGCUUGUGGCCCGCUCGAGGUUGCCUUACCUGCAAGAGUGCAUUGGAGAGAACGUGGAAGUCGUCAUGGAAGAUGUUCCUCUUGACGUACUGCUACAGAGCACUUACUCUGGGCUCCAGCACUUCGGGAGUGAAGCAGCAAACCGUCCCAUCGUCCAUGCUGACUUUGUGUCCGCUGACAGUGGUACGGGACUCGUGCACUGCGCUCCAGGUCAUGGUAUGGAAGACUAUGAAGCUUUACAACCCUUGAUAAAAGUCUCGACUGUCUCUGUCAAAGCCCCGGUCGACAACUCUGGCCGCUUUGAUGGCACCGCAUCACCUGCGGAUCCCGGCCUCCUCGCCGGACAAGACGUGUUUCAAAAAGGCAAUGACAGUGUCCUCCAACUUCUGCGAGCCAACAACCUUCUUGUCCACCAGCAUCGUUACGUUCACAAGUAUCCCAUCGAUUGGCGGACCAAAGAGCCAGUCAUUAUCCGUGCAACAGCCCAGUGGUUCGCGGACGUCUCCAAGAUUAGAGCGGACGCGCUGAACUCUCUCGACGCCGUCACGUUUCUUCCAGAAUCUGGCAAAGCGCGGCUGCGGAGUUUUGUCGAGAACCGCAGCGAGUGGUGCAUCUCCAGGCAGAGGGCUUGGGGGGUUCCGAUUCCGGCCAUCUACUACAAGGACACGGGGGAAGCAGUCCUCACGCCCCAGAGUAUUGAUCACAUCAUCAAAACCAUCAACGAGCGCGGGAUUGAUGCUUGGUGGUCUGAUGCUCCUGAUGACAGCCGCUGGAUUGUUGGAGGACUGCCAGGGACCGCUUCAGACUACACUCGAGGUACUGACACGAUGGAUGUCUGGUUUGACAGCGGAACAAGCUGGACCCUGAUGCUCAAGGAUGAUCUUCUGUCUGCUGGGUCUCGAUCUCAGCCAACGCCAGUCGCAGAUCUCUAUCUUGAAGGCACCGACCAGCACAGAGGAUGGUUUCAGUCGAGCUUGCUUACGAAUAUUGCAUAUCAGAAGUCUCUCCAGUCCGCCUCCAAUCCUGAAACCCCUUCGACACAUCAAGUUCGCGCACCAUUUCGCAUUCUAGCAACCCAUGGCUUCACUCUGGAUGCCCAAGGCAAGAAGAUGAGCAAAUCUCUGGGAAAUGUCAUUGCCCCAACCCAAAUUAUAUCGGGGUUCGCGUCUUCCUCGAAACAAACAAAGCAGAAGCGCGAAGUCCACCAACUCGGACCUGACGUGUUGCGACUGUGGGCGGCGUCGAGUGAGUGGACAAAGGACGUCGUGAUUAGCGAAACGGUAGUGUCGUCUGUCCACACUAUGCUUGACAAGUACCGCCUGACCUUCAAGAUGUUGUUGGGCAUGCUGGCGGAUUUCGAUCCUCAAAUGGCUGUCCCGUAUGAGCGAAUGUCUCGGCUGGAUCAAAUUGCAAUGCAUCAACUUCAUCUGGCCUUCACCUCGAUACGCAAAGCUUACGCUGACUUUGAGUUCCACAAAGCCUCUGGCUCCGUAUAUCGAUGGGUGACGACUGAUCUGUCGAGCUUCUAUUUUGAGGCGAUCAAGGAUGUUCUCUACUGCGAUAUGCCUCUGGCCGCCAGGCGCCUGAGUGCCCAGACCGCACUCCACCACAUUUUUUGCCAAUUCCAAAACAUGCUUGGGCCCAUCACGCCGUUGCUGGUGGAAGAAAGCUGGGAGCAUAGCCCAGAAAGGUACAAAGAGAUCCUCGAGCACCCGCUGAGACGAAGGUGGUCACGUCUACCAGAGGAGUGGCACGAUCCGUCACUGGAGACUGUCUUGCCCUAUAUCGCUUCUAUCAACUCAAGCGUCAAAGCGGCUCAAGAGGCAGCGCGUACACAGAAACUCAUGGGGCAGUCCCUAGCGUCCGAGGUCUCGAUAUUUCUACAGAAGAAUAUUGACCUUUCGAGCAUUCCAAAAGACACCUGGAAGGAACUCCUGGUCGUGUCCUCGGUGGAGAUUGUCUCAACAGAAGCUGGCGAGACGACAUCUCCAGUACUGAGUGCAGAAUAUCAGCCGGCUUGGUCAUUCUCCCGUAACAUUGUCUCGCCUGAUAGUGAGAAGAUAGGGAGGGUGAUUGUCAGGAGUCCCCAUGGCCUCAAGUGCGACCGAUGUUGGAAGUAUGUGGUCGAACGUCAGGAACAGAACCAACCAGAAGAAAAGGAGGCACCUUUGCUUUGUGGGCGGUGCACAGAUGCGAUUGCGAAAUUCCAACAAUAA